AUGACCUCCUCUCCUCCGCCCCGGCACGCCGCCUUCCCCCCACCCCAAACCACCGCACCGUUAAUGAAAAGGGACGAAGCCCUGUCCUCGCUAUCUUCUGCAGAACUCCUCCUCGUAGACGUCCGCCGUACCGACUACGAAGGCGGUACCAUCCGCGGCAGCCUCAACCUUCCCGCGCAGAGUUUCUACAUGAACCGCGCCGUGCUGCACCGACUCUGCAAAGCCGCGCGGGUCAAGCGGGUCGCGUUCUACUGUGGCUCCUCGAACGGGCGCGGACCGCGGUGCGCGGCGUGGUUUGCGGAUUGGCUUGUGCAGCAGGGGGAGGAGGAGAUGCAGUCUUUUACGUUGGAGGGCGGGAUUAAGGGGUGGGUUAAGGCGGGGCCGGAGUAUGAGGUUGAGGUUGAUGGGUACGAGCCAGAGUAUUGGAGGCAGUUUGAGUAG